UAAUUAAAUUAUAUAUCAUUUUCAAAGGGUCGCUGUAAUAAUAGUAUUGUGUUAUAGUUAUUAAAUUCAAUUUAAAAAAAACGGCUAGAAUGCGUAAUAUAAGAUCCAUUAAAUCAGUAUUACCAAUACCUGGAAAAUAUAUUACUGUGGCAUUCUUAUUGACAAUAGGAAAGCAUUAAUAGGCCCCUUGGUCACGUGGUAUAGUCUGUAUAAAAAUUCCGAUAAUUCUUUAUCCAUUUCAAAUCCUAUAAGUACUCCCGUCUAAAGCAAAGACACCCCCAUAACAAAACAGACCACAGUCCAGUUGCAUUGGGACUUUCGGAAAAUUCACUUGAGAAUGAAGUGCAUAGUGAUCAUGGCUGUAUUAGUCAUGGGGGCCAUGGCAUUACCGCCUUUGCCACACAGUGCGAACAAGUUAAGAGAAGGAUACAGAUCCGAAGCCUUUGUGAAUUUUGUCAAAAAGUUGGAUAGAAGCAAACGACAAAUUUUUGGUUUUAAUAACGGUCCAGAAUAUGACGACUAUCCGUCUUUCGGCAGGCCCUUUGGUCAUCGUCAAUUUGGAUUAGGUAAUCCAUAUCAAGGUGGUCUCGGAUUUGACAGGGAUGAAUCCUAUUCCGAUGCACACAGCUACAAUAUUGGAGUGAAUUUGCCUUUUGGUAGUAUUGGUCUUUCAGCAAGCGACGCGCAUGCUCACAGUGAUCAUUUUGGAUUACAUGGUAAAAAAUAAUUGGAAAAAGUCAAACUGAAAUAUAAUUAUUUCAAUAAUUAAUUAAAGUCUGUAUAACUGAUAGAUUAUAAGAUAGUUCAUACAGAUUCACUUUGGAGAGACAAUAGACUGAAUAAUUACUAAAAUUUUUAUUAUGUUUGGUCUUUAUCAUUAAGUCUAGAUCAAAAUAAUUUGUACAACAAUAUAGUAAAGAAUAUAUAUAUAUAUGAAUUGUCAUACAAAAUUUUUGCAUGAAUCUGUAAAAUAUCCAUUAUUUACUUAAUAACCCAUAAUUUAAUGGAAAUUAAUAUUUCCAAUAUUUUUAUAUACUCGUUUACCUAUAAUUUGUAAAAAAUGUGAUUGAGCAGUUAUAAUAACGCAGUG